AAAAGGCCGCAAAUCAAGGAAAUCCCAACGCGAUGUUUAAUUUCGGUGAUUUAUUGAUUAAUGGGGCUCACGGCGUGACACAAGAUUUGGAACAAGGUGCGUUAUGGAUGAAAAAAGCACAUCAAAAAGGUCAUCCACAUGCAUAUCAGAAGCUGGCUGAUAGGUAUAAGGCCCUGAAUAUGCCAGUUCCUACUGAAAUAAAAGAAGGGAUAAAGAUUAGAGGACGAUGUUGA